AUGAGGUAUGCCAAGGGAAGAGUAUGGGGACUAUAUGCCCAGCAGCUAACUGUUCUUGCACAAGCUGCUGAGCAGCCAGUAACUUUUCUCAUGAUAGGGGCCACUGUUCCACUUAUACUGCCUAGUUUCUCUCCAUUUGAAGGGAAUUGGAUCUUGUUAUGCAGCUUAGAUCUGCCUGAAACUCACUAUGGAGUCCAGACUGGCCUUGAAUUUGUGGUAAUCCUCUUAGAGUGGCAUCCUCAAUGCUGGAAUUAUAUAUAUGAGCCAUCCAACUGGCUAGAUUAUACUGUUUUGUCUUGGGACAUGAUUAUGAGAAAUAAAAAAUCUGCCUCAACAGUACCUGUUUCUCAUGUUCCACAAUCACCAAUACCUCCUUUACUUCAGGACCCAAAUCUUCUUAGACAGCUGCUUCCUGCUUUACAAGCCACACUACAGCUUAAUAAUUCUAAUGUGGAUAUAUCCAAAAUAAAUGAAGUUCUUACAGCAGCUGUGACACACGCUUCCCUGCAGUCUGUCACCCACAAGUUUCUUACUGCUGGACCAUCUGCCUUCAGCAUCACCUCCCUGAUUUCUCAAGCUGCCCAGCUUUCUACGCACAUCCGGCCAUCUAAUCAGUCUCCAAUGUCUCUAACAUCCGAUGCUUCAUCCCCAAGAUCCUAUGUGUCUCCAAGAAUAAGCACAGCUCAGGCUACACAUCCUAUCAAACCUUUGAUUAGUGCUCCACCAGUUUCAUCACAGCCAAGGGUUAGUGCUCCAGUAGUUAAGCAAGGACCGGUGUCACAGUCGGCCACACAGCAGCCUGUAACUGCUGACAAGCAGCGUCACGAACCUGUCUCCCCUCAAAGUCUUCAGCGCUUAAACAGCCAGAGAAGUCCAUCACUUGGUCCAAAUCAUACUUCCAGUAGUAAUGCAUCAAAUGCAAUAGUUGUGGCCAGGAUACAGGAUACAGCUGCUCGGCCCGCAUGUUCAUUAACACCUACACUAGCAGCACACUUCAAUGAUAAUCUCAUAAAACAUGUUCAAGGGUGGCCUGCGGACCAUGCAGAGAAACAGGCACCAAGGUUGCGUGAAGAAGCCCAUAAUAUGGGAAGGGUUCACAUGUCAGAAAUAUGUACUGAAUUAAAAAAUUUGAGAUCUUUAGUUCGACUACGUGAAACUCAAGCAACUUUGCGAGAGCAGAGGAUACUGUUUUUGAGACAACAAAUAAAGGAACUCGAAAAGCUAAAAAAUCAGAAUUCCUUGUGGUUUGAAGAUGUGAAUAAUUGCACAUGA